AUGGAAUUUCCAUCGUUCUUAACCGCCUUUGAAUCAUUAAUUGAGUCAAAGGUGGAAGACUCUGUUGAAAGACUUUACUUCCUGGGUCAAUACAMCACCGGAAGGGCCAAGGAAGUAAUAAGCGGUUGCCUGCAGAGGAAAACCGACGAUGCGUACGAUGAAGCUCAGAAUCUCUUACAGCGACAAUUUGGUGAUGCCUUCAAAAUUGCUAGCGCGCACAUUAACAGGCUGUCAUCCUGGCCGCAGAUCAAGCCGAACGAAGGCCUCGCCCUUCAAGAUUUUGCGCUUGCCCUAAAACAAGCGAAAUCGGCCAUGAAGGGAAUGUCGCACAUGGACGAUCUCAACACUGCGCAAGUACUACGCCAAUUGUGGGAAAAGCUACCGCGUCAUCUGCGCAGCAAGUGGGCCGAAAGGAACAGUAAAACUAGAAGUAUGAAGGGAAGAAUGGCCGACUUUGAAGAAUUUACUCAAUUUGUGCCCGAGCAACCAGAGUUAGCCACUGACGCAGUAUUCUCAGAGGAAGGUGUAACCAAGCUGUCUCUUGAAGAAAAAGACAAACCCACUCGCCCGACGUUCGGAAGAAGACCUCCUAAGAGAGUAAAGGGUUCAAGUUUUGCGACGGAUCUGACGGAGAGAAACAAGUACAAGCCGAACGUUUSUUGCGCCCUUUGCGACAAGCAUCAUGAUUUGAACGACUUUGAACAGUUCUUGAAAAAACCUCUUAGCGAUCGACGUGAUUUUGUGAAGGAAAAGAAACUGUGUUAUGGUUGCUUUAGCAACGAACAUGUCGCAAAGAAUUGUAAAGAUAGACUGUCAUGUAAAACGUGCAGUAAGAAGCACCCAACAUCUAUGCAUGAUGAUGACUGGACAAGUAAGACAAAGAACCAAAGCGAAAAGAGCCAACCUAAAGAAACCCCUCGAGUUAGUAACAAACGUACGGAUGUCUGUAGCGUCACGGAAGCUGGAGAUAUACCCGUGAACCUGAGUGUGCUACCGGUAUGGCUGUCUCACGAGAACAAUCCAUCAAACAGAGUAAAGGUCUAUGCACUGCUGGACAAUGCCAGCGGUGGAACGUUUGUAAAGGAAGAGCUGGCACAGAAGCUGGGCACAGAAGAAAGCGAGACUGAACUUCUACUGACAACAAUACAAGGAACGGAAACCUCGUCAUCGAAGGCGAUUAACGGAUUAAUUGUGACUAACCUCACGGAUGAAGACGUUAGCUUAGAAUUGCCUAGAACUUUCACUAUGCAGGUCAUUCCAGCAGACCGCAGUGAAAUACCAAGACCUGAUGUAGUAGGCAAGAUCGAUCAUCUAAAAGAAGUGAGCAAGCAGAUUCCACCCUACAUGGAAGAAGUGGAGGUAGGACUCUUAAUUGGUUUGAACUGUCCAAGUGCGCUACGACCAAGAGACGUCGUUUACGGAAAGGAGACCGAACCAUAUGCUGUACGCUCACUACUGGGAUGGUACAUCAACGGGCCUAUCAACUCUUCGGAGUGCAACAGUCUUCACUGUAACAGAAUUCUACUGGACAAGCAGAUGGCAUCUACGACCGCCAAAAGUUACGUUGUGGCACAGAGGACAGUAAAGGAACUGAUAACGCCACAAUCGGUAGAACUAAUGUUUGAGUUGGACUUCUCUGAAACAGAGAAAGGAACUGCCAUGUCACGCGAAGAUAGGAAGUUUUAUCAAACAGUUGAAGACGGGACUGUUCAUCUUGAAGACUCGCACUACGAGAUGCCUCUUCCGCUGAAGGAUCGGAACAUUAAGCUACCAAACAACCGCGUACAAGCAGAGAAGCGUUUGGACAGUCUAAAGAAGCGACUAAAGUCAGAUAACAAGUAUCACACGGAUUACUGCAACUUUAUGUCCGAGAUCAUCUUUAAAGGCUACGCUCGCAAGGUCGACACUGAUCUUGAAACCAAAGAUGGAAAAUUCUGGUACCUGCCACACCAUGGUGUGUACCAUGCUCAAAAACCAACGAAGGUGCGUAUCGUGUUUGAUUGUUCGGCUAGAUACGAAGGACAAUCUCUAAAUGACAAUCUCCUUCAAGGACCGGAUCUGACCAGCUAG